AUGGUCUUCGAGGGUCUCCAUCCCAUCUAUGACGAGAAGGCGCGCGCCCAGCUGGACCUGGCUAUUUACAUUGACAUCGUGAACGACGUGAAGUUUGCCUGGAAGGUGCAGCGCGACGUGGCAGAGCGCGGAUGGACUGAGGAGCAGGUCCGUGAGGACAUUGAGAAGCGCCUUCCGGACUUCUCCAAGUAUGUGGAUCCGCAGAAGGCAUGUUUUUCAGUGGGGGAGGGAUGGUGCAUGAGUUCGGGAGGCUGGAUUUUGCGCCUUGAAGGGUGGGAAGACUGUAGGUUUAGGGUUGGAGUCUAG